AUGUUCAUCUUUUCUCUUUCUUUUACCCCUUCCAUAUUAGAGUACAUUACAAUAAAUGUUCCCUUUUCUCUUUCUUUUACUCCUUCCUUAUUAGAGUACAUGAUAAUAAAUGUUCAUCUUUCCUCUUUCUUUUACCUCUUCCAUAUUAGACUUUCCCCAGCCGUCCAUCGAAUUAACCUUCUGAUUCUUUCUUCUUCCGUUCUUUCUUCUUUCCUUCUUUCUUCUUUCUUGUCUUUUUCUCCUUACCAUCUGAAGAAGUCUGUUCCUUUUCGAAUUGUGUCUCUAAAAAUUAGCACUUCUAUCUACACUUCUUUCUUUCUUUCUUUCUUUCUUUCUUUCUUUCUUUCUUUCUUUCUUUCUUUCAUUCUUGCCAGUAUCUAUCUAUCUAUCUAUCUAUCUAUCUAUCUAUCUAUCUAUCUAUCUAUCUAUCUAUCUAUUUCAGCCUUUUCAUAUCUCUCUAUCUAUUUCAAUCUCUUCAUAUCUAUCUAUCUAUCUAUCUAUCUAUCUAUCUAUCUCAGUCUCUAUCUAUCUAUCUAUCUAUCUAUCUAUUUCAGCCUCUUCAUAUCUCUCUAUUUCAAUCUCUUCAUAUUUAUCUAUCUAUCUAUUUCAGCCUCUUCAUAUCUAUCUAUCCAUUUCAAUACCUUCAUAUCUAUUUCAAUCUCUUCAUAUCUAUCUAUCUAUCUAUCUAUCUAUCUAUCUAUCUAUCUAUCUAUCUAUCUAUUUCAGCCUCUUCAUAUCUCUCUCCCUAUCUAUCUAUCUAUCUAUCUAUCUAUCUAUCUAUCUAUUUCAGUCUCUUCAUAUCUAUUUCAAUCUCUUCAUAUCUAUCUAUCUAUCUAUCUAUCUAUCUAUCUAUCUAUCUAUCUAUUUCAGCCUCUUCAUAUCUCUCUAUCUAUUUCAAUCUCUUCAUAUCUAUCUAUUUCAGCCUCUUCAUAUCUAUCUAUCCAUUUCAAUCCCUUCAUAUCUAUUUCAAUCUCUUCAUAUCUAUCUAUCGAUCUAUCUAUUUCAGCCUCUUCAUAUCUCUCUCAUCUUCAUAUCUAUCUAUCCAUUUCAAUCCCUUCAUAUCUAUUGCAGCCUCUUCAUAUCUAUCUAUCUAUCUAUCUAUCUAUCUAUCUAUCUAUCUAUCUAUCUAUCUAUUUUAGCCUCUUCAUAUCUAUCUAUCUAUCUAUCUAUCUAUCUAUCUAUCUAUCUAUUUCAGUCUCUUCAUAUCUAUUUCAAUCUCUUCAUAUCUAUCUAUCUAUCUAUCUAUCUACACAUACACACUUACGAAUAUACAUUAUCAUCUGA